CAGCUCUUGGUCACCAUCUACGAAACAAUGGACUCGCUCAUACCCUUUACAACGUCCGGCGCGCUGGUGGACUGCGUGGACAGGAAGAUGCUCGUCAUACUCAGAGACGGGCGUAAAUUGCAAGGCGUCUUGAGGUCCUAUGACCAGUUUGCAAAUUUGGUUCUUGAAGACACUGUUGAACGAAUAUAUCACGGGAAUGCUUUCGCAGAGUUUCCGCGCGGGUUGUUCCUCAUACGAGGCGAGAAUGUAGUGUUACUGGGUGAAAUUGACUUGGACAAGGAAGAUGAAAUCCCCCUUCGGCACGUAGACUAUGCCACGCUGGAACCGUAUCAUCAGAACGCCAUCGAGACAAAAAAGCGGAGGGAAGAACACAAAGCGCAGGUUCUGUUCGAGGAGAAGGGGUUUUGCAAAGAAGGAGGGGAAGGCGACGGAUACUAAAUUUUGCCAGUGUCAUCGGCUCGACGUCAUCUCUACAUUACUGAUGACCUCUCUACGUUGUGUGUUUCAUAUUGUACUAUUGACAUUGACUAUCGAGGUUGACUAUACAUGCAAGUAACAAAGCAGACGAUGA